AUGGCGGAGAAGAAGAGCCAAAUUCCCGAUAAUCAUUCGUCGGCGAAGAAACCGGCGACGGAGAUCGGAUCCGGAUCGAGCUAUUCGGGUCAAAGAACAGCGUAUUAUAACAGACCCGAGUCGGUGAAUCCAGAUCAGGCGACGUUGAGGGAGCAGUGGAAAUUCGCAAUCCGGCAGUAUAGCAAGUGGUACUCACACGCUUGGGGAACGGCGAUUCUCGCCGGCGGAGUUUUCUUCGGGCUCGGUUGGAUCAUCAAAGGCUCUAAUCCUCUUCCUUCACUCCAAUCGAGUUCUAAACCUCCUCCUUCUCCUUCUGGACGCGAUGAAGAAAAAUGA